UUUAAGACAUACGACAACUUUGUUUCAUUAGCUGCAAAAUGUGUAUGGCAGAUAAGAGAUAAAGAUAGAAGAGGUAAGGUAUGGAAUGAACAGAUAAAACCAACUGCUUCAGAUUUAAAGAAAACCAUUGACGCCUUGGUUGUUUUAGCAGGUAAGGUUUCAGAAUAUAACGCAAAAAUGAACCCGCAAUGUUCUAAAUGUAAAGCAGCAAUGAGGAAAUAUAACUACUCAGUCAAAGAGAUAGAACGUAUGAGAAACGACUAUGCAGAUUUAAAGAAAGAAGCAGAGAAGCCGGUAGAAAAUAAAAUGGACAUGUUAGAAUUUCUGAACAAAAACUAUCCAACUGCUGACGAUUUCCUUCUAUCUGACGUCAAGAAGAAGUAUAAAGAAACUUUCGGUAUCGUUAAAACAUUCGAUGUACUAAAAGAAGAAAUAGAAGCUACGAAAUUGUUUAGGAUUUCAAAUAUACAUCGUACAAUUCAUGUAAAACGCUUAUAA